CUCUUUUGCUUUGCUCUACACUUCGCGUUAUUUUUAGGCCGCUUCAUAAUUUUUUUUUACAGCAUAAGCGCGCCAAAUGCGUGUUUGUUGGCUAAAAUAGAAUAAUUUCUAACAAAACACGCACUUAUAAAACCAAAGUUGCGGCUGGCUACUUUAAGUUACAGCAAUGCGGCUGCUCUAUGUAUUUGCGCUUAUACUCGCCGUGCGAUUGGCAUCGGUUUUUGUAGUCAACACAUACUAUGUUCCAGACGAGUACUGGCAGAGUCUUGAGGUGGCGCACAAGCUGACAUUCGGCUAUGGCUAUCUCACCUGGGAAUGGGUGCAAGGCAUACGCAGCUAUAUAUAUCCUCUUCUCAUUGCUGGCGUCUACAAAUUACUUGCACUGCUGCAAAUGGACAGCGCACAAUUGCUGGUAUUGCUGCCGCGUCUGUUGCAGGCGCUACUUAGCAGCUACUCAGACUACCGCUUUUAUGUGUGGACAGGAAAACGCAAGUGGGCAUUGUUUUUGAUAUUGGUGCCAUGGUUUUGGUUCUAUACUGGCUCACGCACACUAGCCAAUACUCUGGAAGCAUCGCUGACAACAAUAGCACUCAGCUAUUUUCCUUGGUCAGGCGAGAGCUGUGCUUAUCUGUGGCCCGCAGCAAUCUGUUGCUUUUUGCGUCCCACAGCGGCGGUUAUCUGGCUGCCUUUGAGUUUCUAUCAUUUGAAAAAAAGCCGCUUGCCGCUGCUCGAGCUAAUCCUGAAACGUUUCCUGACCAUAGGCUUGUUUGUAGCGGCUGCUGGUGUGGCUAUUGAUAGCUAUUCGCAUGGCCAACUGAUCAUUACGCCUUGGCAGUUCCUCAAGCACAACAUAAUCAACAACAUUGGCAGCUUCUAUGGCUCACAUGCUUGGUAUUGGUACUUUACCACUGGACUGCCCGUUGUCCUUGGCAUCAACAUAGUGCCUUUUAUUUACGGUGCCGUACAGACGUUACGCCAAAGCCACAAGCAUAUCGUUAGCAAGCAAUUGCUUAUUACCAUUUUGCUCUCACUGAUCGUGCUUAGCACUGUGGAGCAUAAGGAGUUCCGUUUUGUGUCUUCCUUGUUGCCUUUAUGCUUGUAUAUUGCCGCUGAGGCCUUGUCGCGCUGGAGCUACAGUGCUUCCAGUGUAAAGCUUUGGCUAACUGCUUUGCUUAUACUGCUGGGCAACGCUCUGCCUGCUUGGUAUGCAAGCACCGUACACCAAAAGGCGCCCAUUGACCUGAUGCUUAAGUUGCGUGACAUUGCGCACAAUUAUCGCGAUGAGCGAGAACAUCGUGCCAGCAUUCUUUUCCUUAUGCCCUGCCACUCCACGCCUUACUAUAGUCACAUACACGAGAAUGUAACCAUGCGUUUUCUCACCUGCGAGCCGAAUCUUGAGCAACAGGCAAACUUUAAGGACGAGGCUGAUCGCUUUUAUGAGUCGCCCAAGCACUGGCUGCGCUCCCAUCUACCUGUGCAUCCGCGCACUGCGCUGCCCACACAUGUGGUGCUCUAUGAUGUGAUCAGCGACAAGAUUAGUGAAUUUUUGCUCAACUACAAGCUGCUGCACAGCAUUCAACUCUCUGAGGUGCAGAGUUUGGUCUCGGGACAGCAAAUGCUAGACGACUUGUCAAAUGCCAUGGGCACCAAGCUUCCCAGUUUGCAACCAAUUCUACACCAGUUGCAUGCACGCAUUGGCAAGACUAUACAAGUCUAUCAGCGCCUGCAGGCCGGUGAGGAGAACGCAUUUAAUCGUAAAGCUGCUGAAGAGCAGCUGAAGUCAGAACCUGUGGAUGUGCCUAGCCAAAAUCAGUUCAAUUAGAGCGGUGGCAUUUUUAACAAACUUUUAUGUGAAGACUUAUGCAACAAACUAAGCCCUCCGUUCAGAAGAAUAGGCAGAACCAGAAGAACAAAUUUAAUUUACGAACAUUACUACAUUACAAAUACCAUGUAAAUCUGGCUUUAGUGAAACGCUUUGUUUUUUAUUUUUACCAUGUUCUUGCAAAAUAUUUUUGUAGUCGACACCAAAACCCUCUGUACUCGUGUGGUUAGUUAAUAUUCUUUGUAAGUCAAGCGAUCUUUGUAUUAGGCGCAAAUGUCUAAAGUGAGGCAAUAAAAAUAUCAUAUAUUAUUUACACAAGUCUAUAGACUGUAUAGACUAGCUGCCCUAAUGUGCCCAAAAGUGUAUGAAAUAAAGUUUGA